UUCUCUCCGCUGUAUCUUUCGCCGUUGAAUGGAUCAUUUUUCUAACAAUUCAGAAAAAUCGCCCAGGCGCCACAUUUCUCAAGAGGCACAUCGAGAGGAUGCUGUGCUUCGAUUGAAUGCGCAGAUGGAUCUCUCUCCUACUUGGGUGGGAGGAUAAGCAACGCGAUUUCGUGGAUGAAUUUCAUUGUCACACGCACACACCUUACAGGGGAUGAGAAGUGAAUAAAAAUAGAAAGAAUUUUCUGUUUAUACCACAUAGAAAGAGAGCGCGAAAGUGUGAAGUGAAAAAUGUUUAAAGGAAGGAGGAGAGCACAAAAUAUUUUCCGCCUGAGUCAUUGAAAAAAUCACAACUAUUGUACUUAGGUUAACAGAUUAACUUAGAAUUAAACAUAAAGUUUAGAACAGGGAUGUUUUCGACACUCUAUGUCCUUCUGGGAGGAUCAACCAAUAAUCAAUGAAAUAAGACUACUAAACGAAUCCUUAAACUUUUGGCCAGAGCUUUCGACGCUUCUAUGCGUCUUAUUUAAGUGGUCAAAUCUCUUUAUUUGAAAUGCGUCGAUAUCGUUAAUUUUCCAAUUUUAUUAAAAAUCUGGGGUUCAAUUCAGAAUUAAUCCGAACUACGUUCUUUUUAAUUUUAGCUGUGUUUCUUUCAGACACAGCUUUUGUGUACCGAGCAAAAUCGAAAGUCGUCAGAUCGGGCUCAAACUUGGGAUGAGCACGAAUUAGGGUACCCACAUUCCAAAAAACGUAUGCGCCAAAAAAAUUUUUUUUCCGGCCGGCCGUCCGGCCGGAUCAUAAACUUAAAUUGCAAGAGAACCGUAAUAGAUAGACUUGCGGUAAACGGCAAAGUUUAAAUAUCGACCUGAAGAAAUCCGAUUAUGAGGUCAAAUCCACCCCCCCCACCCCCCGUCCACCAUUUUGAAUAACCUCAAAAUUUUGUUUUCGCUAUAUCUCAACCGCUAUUAUAGCUAGAGGGCUGAAAUUUAGAUAUGUUGUAGGGGCCAUCAAGAGCUUUCCAACGAUACCUCAUUUUCGAAAAUCGGUCAAGCCGUUUAGUCAAUAUGGCCGCCACAAUUUUUCAUCGAAAAUCGACCAUAACUCGAAAACGGCUUGACCGAUUUUGAUCAACCCGGGCUCAAAUGAAAGAUCUCAACAAACCCUACAACUCUCUAGAACAUCCGAAGUUUCAAAAGUGACCCCUGGGGGGCCAAAAAUCAAAAACAAAAUUUUCGAUGACUUUUCGAUGAAUAUCUCGAAAACGACGACACAAAUUUUUUUCAUUUUUUGAUAUGUUGUAGCUGACCAUAUUAUCUAGCUUCAUGCCAAAAAUGAAGAAAAUCUAUGGAUCCGUUCCCGAGAUAUAGCCUUCCAAAGUUGGCAUGUCAUAUCUCGGGUUCUACAAGUCCGAUCUUGAUCAACUCAAGCGCAAAUGAAAGGUUUCGAGAAACCCUACAAAUGUCUAGAACAUUGCAACUUUGAGAAAUGACCGCAAGAGGCGCUAAAGUCAAAAACAAAGUUUUCGAAAAUUUCGAACUCGAAUUUUUCGAAAAUGGCGACAUAAAUGUUUUUCAUUUUUCGAUAUGUUAUAGCUGACUUCAAGACCUUUCAAAAAAAAAAAAUUAUGAAAAUCUAUGGAUCUGUUCUCCAGAUAUGGCCUUCCAAACAUUUCUUAGGGUAUGACUUUUCAACUUUUCCCGACUUUGCGCGUAUUUAAAUUAAUUCGCGUUCUAGUUUGCUCUCACAAAAUUGGUACACUGAAAGAAACACAGCUCCCGUAAGCUUGGUCAGCUUACCAGUACAUUUUUGAAUAAGUUUUCACUUGGCAUCUAUAAGACCUUUGGUAAAAAUUAUCACCAGUUCUCGAUCAAUAUAAAGAUUAUAAUUAAUAUAGGCAAGUUUUAAGGAAAAAUUUAGAGUUUUUUUACGGAUGCAUUGAAUUAGAAGACAUUAGAGACAAAAAUGAGAAAUAGACUGACCUUGUGGCUCUUAUAGAUAAUUUUCUUUUACAAAAGUGUCAGCAUUCUUAUAUAGAAGAAAUAAUUUAAUGUAGGUGGUUUACCACAAGAAUCACAAAUCUCACAAUCUUCUCAGACCUAUGUAUUUCUCGUUUUCAUUUUCAUCUUUUUCUAUCCUCAUCAUGAGCAUAUCGGCACUGUUUGAAUUACCAUAUCUGUUUUGAGGCACCCUGGAUGAUGAUGACGAAGUUAAUGAUCAAAUGUGUGCGCGAUGAUGCCUCCUUGUGGAUGGAGGAAAAUGAUGCGUAACUGUGGGUGUUGGAAAAUACACUCACGAAUAAAUUCACUUUUGCUCCCUCCCUCCCCCUCCAUUGCCGCGCAUUUUGUGUGUAAAAAUAACACAACAUUUUUCUACAACGACAUCCGAUUUUAGACGAUUCUUCUGCCACAGGGCGAUUUAUUGUGUAGAUUUUUUUUUCUUCUCUGUCUCAUCGCACUUUAAUUGGAACAUGUAGAGAUGUUUAUGGCAUUUUAAAUCAAAAAGGAGUUGCUUCAAAAAGGACAUAAGAAAUGAGAAUUUUUUUUUAGAUUAAGAAUACAUUUAGAAAAUGAAAAGAAUUUCCAUGAAAAUUCAAAUUAAAUUUACGAUCAAACAGAUCAAGAAUGCCCUGCAAGAGAUCACAAGUGAUCACAUGAAUGGAAUUUCAUUGCUUUGUAUGACAUUCUAUGCGGCAAAUUGCAACGAAAAUAUACUCGGAGAAAUUUGUCGGAAGUAAUCAAUUAAGGUUGAGAUGCGCGAGAGCAGAAGGGAAGAUGAUUGGAAAAAAAAGUUGUGCAGCAUAUUCCCGCCACGCCGCGAUUGGUUUUACGAUCAAAUAUGGUGCUGUAUCGAACAGAAUAGAUGGUAUUCUGCAUCUCUUUUCCGUGGUACCGAUCCAUGUAUGGGAUGCUGAGUUGAGGAUUCCUACGGCUUGUGCGCUAAAUGUGUGUGUUUUUGUCUAUUUCGGUCGGCGACGGUGGCAUCGGGAUGCCACACCAGGCUGACCCGAGAAAAAGUUCGGCUCCACCGACGCAGAGCAUAUAAAUAUUGCCAUAGGGACAAUCCAGAGCUCACUCGCAGUUCUGCAGUUCAGAGGCUGACACAGUGCCCGAUUUUAAAUUCUAGUGCUAACGGAAGACCCAGAAACAAAUCUCCAACAUGUGUGACGAUGAGGUUGCGGCUUUAGUGGUGGACAAUGGAUCCGGUAUGUGCAAGGCUGGUUUCGCUGGAGAUGACGCUCCCCGCGCUGUCUUCCCAUCCAUUGUCGGUCGCCCAAGGCAUCAGGGUGUGAUGGUCGGUAUGGGUCAAAAGGACUCCUAUGUCGGUGAUGAGGCCCAGAGCAAGAGAGGUAUCCUCACCCUGAAGUACCCCAUUGAGCACGGUAUCAUCACCAACUGGGAUGAUAUGGAGAAAAUCUGGCACCACACCUUCUACAAUGAACUGCGCGUCGCUCCAGAGGAACACCCCGUGCUCCUCACAGAGGCCCCCCUCAACCCAAAGGCCAACAGAGAGAAGAUGACCCAGAUCAUGUUUGAAACCUUCAACGCCCCAGCCAUGUAUGUUGCCAUCCAGGCUGUGCUCUCCCUGUACGCCUCCGGUCGUACCACCGGUAUUGUGCUCGACUCUGGCGAUGGUGUCUCCCACACUGUCCCCAUCUAUGAAGGUUAUGCCCUCCCCCAUGCCAUCCUCCGUCUUGACUUGGCCGGCCGUGAUCUCACUGACUACCUCAUGAAGAUCCUCACUGAGCGCGGUUACUCAUUCACCACCACGGCUGAGCGAGAAAUUGUCCGUGACAUCAAGGAGAAGUUGUGCUAUGUUGCCCUGGACUUCGAACAGGAGAUGGCCACCGCCGCUGCCAGCACAUCCCUCGAGAAAUCCUAUGAAUUGCCUGACGGACAGGUCAUCACCAUUGGCAAUGAGCGCUUCCGUUGCCCCGAAUCUCUCUUCCAGCCUUCCUUCCUGGGUAUGGAAUCCUGCGGUAUUCACGAGACCGUGUACAACAGCAUCAUGAAGUGCGAUGUGGACAUCCGAAAGGAUCUGUAUGCCAACAUUGUCAUGUCUGGUGGUACCACCAUGUACCCCGGUAUUGCCGAUCGUAUGCAGAAGGAAAUCACUGCUCUUGCCCCAUCCACCAUCAAGAUCAAGAUCAUUGCUCCUCCAGAGCGCAAAUACUCCGUCUGGAUCGGUGGCUCCAUCCUUGCCUCCUUGUCCACCUUCCAGCAGAUGUGGAUCUCCAAGCAGGAAUACGACGAGUCCGGCCCUGGAAUCGUCCACCGCAAGUGCUUCUAAAUGCUCAAAACUUUACAACAAAAAAAAAACUCAAACCACCCCCAGACACCUUCUCAGCCAUCGCCCCAAAUCUCACACAUCAACCCAAAAGGAAGAGAAAAAAAAACGAGAAGAGGAAGAAAAGAAGAGAGAGGAGGGAAGGAGUUUAAGAUCGAGAGGAUAGGAAGAUUCAUCUAUAUUUAUUUUUCUAUUUCUAAUUUGUCAACCCUUAAGUUUUAUUUGUGAACAUCCGUUUUACCACCCAAAUAACACCCACAUUAACAUCCUGUGGGCACGACGUCAUCCUUCAAAGACUGCAUUUCAACACCAUCAACGCAAAGAAAACAAAAAAAGAAUGUCAAGUUUGAAGAACUUUAAACAGAUUUGAAAAAAAAGGAGAAAAUUUGAUCAUGUGAUUGGUAUUAUGUAAAAAGAAAAGAAUUGAAAUAAUAACGAAAAACAAAUUAA